AUGCCUUUUACUAACCAACUAGCAGAGGCACUAAGAGGUCUUACCGGUAAAAAUAUUUAUUCAGUAGUACCAAAUGGAGAAUAUUGUGAAGAAUAUCAAUUAGAAGACUAUUCAUUAUUAUUAAUUCAACAAGGCUCAUUAAGAGAAAUUAAAAAUGUAGGACCAGUAACUGUUAAAGUUAAACUUCUUACGGGGGAUAUUGCUGAUAUUCAUUGUAAUGCCAAUGAAUUAGUUGAUAUUUUUAAAAUGAAGAUUCAAUUAGUUACUGGGAAUGGAGACCUCUCAAAAGGAAUUCCAAUUGAAAGACAACGCCUCACUUUUAACGGACAAGUACUUGAUAGAAAAAGAACUAUUAACAGUUAUGGAAUUACUGAUGGAAGUUUAGUUGAAUUUAUUCUUCGUUUAAGAAGUUCUAAACCUAAAAAUUUCAUUUUACGUAGUUUAAUUGAUCCUGGGUAUGAUUAUGACUUCAGAGGAGUAGAUGACACUGGACGUUCUAUUUUUAGAGGAGGAUUAGAAUAUAUCCGACCAGUUGGUUGUAUGAGAUGUGCUCUUCAUGUUCUUGGAAUGUUUGAUGGUGGGAAUAAUAUUUGGCUUGGAUGUUCAAAUGUUACUGGAGAAUGGGCAGUUUCAUUCCAUGGUUCUAAUUGUUCUAAAUUUACUGAAAUUGUUCAAUGGGGAGAUAAAUUAGGUGUUUCAAAUGUUGGUGGAAUGUCAGUAUUUUGUACUCCAGAUUUUAGAGUUGCAUUACAACAUUCAGAUGUUGUUACUGAUCCUCAAACAGGUAAAAAAUAUAAAGUUAUCUUCCAAAAUAGAGUUAAACCUUCUUCUAUUAUUAGAGCAUCAAAAGUUGGUGGUCCUAAUAAUUUCUGGUAUAUUACAAAUCCAAGUGAUGUGAGAGCUUAUUCUAUAUGUCUUUUUAGCCAAUAA